AUGGCAUAUGACCCUCGAAGGUCAAGCAUUAAUGCUAAUAUUAAGCACAGUUUAUGCAAUGAAGCUCGUGGCAGCCUCUCCAGUCAAGUAAAAUGCCCUUUACAAGGCCCCCUUAAUCCACCCAAACGUUCAAGUGCAACAUCCACUGGUGGUCAACUAUUUUUAUGUUUGAUCGGUUCCCUUCUUAGCUUCAGUAUUUGUAUUUGGCUAACCGUAUUCAGUCAAGAUGUUCAAUGGAGACGAUUUUUAUUUGCUGGUGGAGCUGCGUUAUGUGCUUUACUAUUCGCUAUGCUUGCUAUACAAACUGUGAGAAAAGCUAAACAAGUACCAACUGAAGAAGUGAUACCAAAUUUGGCACAUCGACGAUCGACAAUUGCACGAAGCGCACGCAAAUCAAUAUGUAGUGGUACGACACAAGAAGGAACUUCACCUUAA